AUGGACCAGAGCACGAAUCCGUACGGUCUGCCUGUCGGUCGCAUGGGAAUGCCCACGGGAAUGCCGACUGGAAUGCCCCUGCAGCAGCAGCAGCGCGCGCCUCAACUGUCGUCCACGCCGCAGCACUAUACGAUGCAGGACAUGAUGUUCGACCCGCUGCCGAUGACCAACGGACUGUACCAUCCACCGCCUCCACUGCACCAGCAGCAGCACACGGGAAUGGGUCUCAUGCAGCAGUCCAACAUGGUGGCACCUGAAGACGAUCCGCGUUUCGUCGACGACCUGCUGGGUGUGCUCGGCAACGACCCCGUCGGUCUCCAGCCUCAGCAGCCACAGCAUCUGGGCCAGAUGGCUAGUCACGUGUACAAUCAACAGCAGCACCUGAUGGUACCACCGUCGCAGCCGUCCAACCUCCUUUCGGGACGGGUGCCGACGAUGCCCAUGACGAGUCAAUCGUCGUCCAUGCAGCAGAGUGGACUGUCCGGUUCGAUGCACAUGAACCAAAUGGGAGUCGGCGCGAACGGCUGUAUCGGUGCGGGCGUUCAUCAACUGCCUAAUAUGAGCACAGCUCCUGCCAUCUCUUCUGGCCACGGAGGUCUCGGCAUCAGCAUUCAAGCACCCGCUUCCGUUGCGCCCCGACCACAGGCUCCAGUCGCUCCGAACGCGAUUGUCCCCACGUUGGUGACGCCCAAGUAUUGCGACAGCUCCCGAACGUUGACAACGUCGAGCAACAAUGGGGGAAGCAGUGACGAGGACAUUGGCAUGGGCGAAGGAGACGAUGCUCAGAAGAAGAAGGAGCGCCGUCGUCAGCAGGUGCGGUAUGCGUCGCGCCGUCGCCGCAAGAAACAGAAGGACGAGGAGAGUUUCCUGCGUGACCGCAUCGCCGAGCUCAAGGAGCAGAUUCGGAUCAUUGGUGGAGACUUGACGGAGCAGUGCUCGCAGAUGGCCGGCAUGAGCGAGCAGGCGUUGACGGAAGCGUACGAGAAGCAGAUGGUGACGGUGCAGACGCUGCGCAAGGACAACAACAAGCUGAAGGAGCAGCUAUUGCAGCACGAGAACUUUGCUCGCAUGAUCCAGUACGGUCUGAACGCAUUGCCAAGCGACUGCCGCGACGUGGACCGCAAGAAGAUCGCUGGCGUCCCGAUGUGGAUCAGCGACCAGAUGAACCCUCUGAAGGGUCCGACGUUGGUAGUGGAUCUGAACUUGUGCCACGAAGCCGUGCGGCACGCGUACAAUGAGCUCAAGACGUUCGGCCCGACCGUGAACUCGAAGACGAACGUGUGCUACGCGAUGGGCUGGAAGACAGAGUUGUGGGCCGCGAGCACAUGUCUGAACUUCCGCGCCGUCCGCUCGAUCAGCGACAAGAACAUUCGCGAAGUGGCGAACGCGUCGUGGGACAUCAUCACGUCUCCGGAGAAGUGCAAGCGCAUUUAUCCGGACGUGAAGCAGUUCCGCAUUUUGCAAAAGGUGACGGACGACAUUGUGGUGGUGCACCGCAUCGCGUCCGUUGCGUCGGACCUGUCGGAUCGAGAGUUUAUUUCUGUGGCGUUUCGCCUGCGCGAUGGAGACAACUACUACAUCGGGCUGAAAUCCAUCACCGUCCAGACUGAGGCCGCUGAGAACUGCACUCGUGGCGAGGAGUGUCAGGGAUGGAUGUUCGUGGGCGGCGACAAUGAGACAUCGCCUUGGAAGGCUCACUUUCUGGGCCACUAUGAUGUCAAGGGCGAGAAGGACGACAAGGUGCUGAACCAGUUGGCGAACGAGUCGAUGUUCGGUAUGUUGCGAUGGGAAAGCGAGUCCAUGCACCCGUUGAGCGUCUAG